AUGACAGUCAAAUACCUGAUCACAGGCGCAACAGGUGACCUCGGCGGAGGGGUUCUUGAUUACUUCAUUGCCAACGUCGACUUUACUGAGUUUACCGCCUCUUCUUCUAAUCCCGACAACAGAUCGCUAUUCGAGAAUCGUGGUGUCAACUUCCGUCAUUUGGAUUAUGAGGAUCCUGCCACUCUUAGAACAGCACUUCGUGAUGUUCAGAACCUGCUACUUGUUAGCACUGCUACAGGAGUGAUCCACAUUGAAAGAAUAGAGAGACACCAUCGAAACGUUGUGGACGCUGCUAGGCAGGAAAAUGUUAAGCAUGUCUGGUACACCUCUCUUACGUUUGGCGGGCUCACAAAUGACUCUGAGGUUCCAAUGCAACGGGCUCACUUGGCCACCGAGAAGAUGCUUCAGGAAUCCGGCCUUACGUUUACAUCUAUUCGUGAAGGGAUGUACGCUGAAGGCUUUCCGGUCUUUCUCAACUGGUACCCAAACGAGACCCUUGUGAUUCUCCCAGACGAUGGAGAGAUCGCAUUUACUAGCCGUGCAGAGCUUGCUGAGUGCACAGCCCGCUUAAUGCUCCGUGGAGGGUUUGAGAACAGGACACUUCUCCUUACAGCCGGGGGUACCAUCACAGGAAAGGAGAUAAUCAACUUGAUUAAUGAAACAACCGGACGUAACGUGAAGCUCCAAUAUGUAUCCCCGGGAGCAUACUUGAACAUGACCAAUGCCAACUUCCUAUGCGGUAACGUGUCUUAG